AUGUCGUACUUCCAGCCAGUAAUAUUGACCCAUAAGAAAAGAAAGACCAAGGAAAGCAAUAAUUUCCUAUUCGACUUUAAAGUCUUGAGCUCCGGAACUGACAAGGGAUGUGUCAAGUCGAUAAGCAUUUGUAACAAGUUCAUUGCGAUUGGUUGCAGCAAUGUGGUCAUCCUGAACAGCAUAACGGGAGAAAGCUUAGGUAAGAAGUACCAGUGUCAGGGCGGUAUUAGUAAACUGAAGUUCCGAGAUGAUGAAAUGCUAGCAGUUGGGUUAGAAAAUGGGACCAUAGAUCUGGUAGGAAUGUUUUGCUUUGGAAGAAUAAAAAUUCUGCGUGGACAUAAAUCAGCAAUUAAUGACUUAAUUUUUAGUUCCAAUUUUCAAACUUUAUAUUCUUGUUCUCGAGAUUUUACUAUAAAAAUAUGGAACAUAUGGGAAGGCGUCUGUGAGCGUACCUUAAAUUACCACAUUGAUAGUGUAACGAAUAUUUGUUUGCAUACGUUUGAUAGAAGUGGAGGAGGCGAUGAUCCCCAUUUAAUCAGCUGCAGCUAUGAUGGUUAUGUGUAUUUGUAUAACAUAAGUUUGAAGAAGAAGGUCAACCAGAUAGAGUUAGACGAACCAAUUGACUGUUUAAAUAUUUUUCAAAAUAAUUACAUCGUUUUAUCUGUGAAGAAUGUAAUUAAAUUUUACAAAUUGGAGGAUCUUGAAUUUGUGAAAAAUGUGACAAUUUCCACGAAGACUUGUUUCUACUUGGGUAACUUUAAGGAUUACCUUGUGGCGGCCAGUUUGGAUUUGUCUGUAUAUUUCGUGGAUCCCUUCUACAAGGGCAAGGAGAAAAUAAAAGUCGUGAGCAUUGCUAAUUUUUUGAGUCCCCCUAAAUCGGUUGACUUUUCGAAUGGAGUACUAGCCCUGGGAGAAAUGAAUGGCAGAUGGCUUAUCGAGGUGUACAACGAGAAGGGGAAGCAGAAAAAACAGAAGCGAAAGGAGAGGGGCCCUCUGGUGGAUAUUCCGGAGACGGUUCAAUUUUUCACUAGCCCAGAAGUAAACAACCUUAUAAAGAACUUCAAAUAUCAUGAUGCCCUCAUGUUCGUGAUAAAGCACAACUGUGACGCAACGCUGUCCCUGUUGGACUACUUCUCCAAGCACAAAGUUAUGAUCCCCGCAUGUCGAACAUUUUCCAUCGAGGACACCAUCAAAGUGUUAAACUUUUUCAGAAAAAGAUUCGUAAUUCACAUUUUAAUGUUUGAGUUUUUCUUUUGCUUUUUCCACGUAAAUAAGUGGAUUGCCACAACGAGGGAUCCCAAAGUGUUGGACGAGCUGAACAUCUUGAGAAGGGGCUUUGUGAACACGCAAAAUUAUAUGAAGUAUUAUCAGAAUUUAAAAGACAUCGCGGAUUUUCUGAAGAGCUAAAUGGGCGUCUUUUUGCACACAGGAGUAACUGCCUCUGCACGGUUGCGGCAUUCUGCGCAAUUGGCUUUGCCGUUACUAUGUUACUCUCUUUUUUAACGUAUUUGUUUGCUUUUUUUUUUUUUUUUUUUUUUUUCAUUUUGUUUGUGAUUACAGCACAAAUAUCAUUUGAGAAGGGCACAUUUUAUUAAAUCGUUGCAAUGUAGCCCCUUUUUUCAACACCAUGUUGUUUCCAUUUUUUUUAAUGACGCUUGUGCGGUUUUGUGGCCAUACACCAGGCGCACAAUAAUGUAUAACGAA